UUCAAAUAGAAAGUGUCCAUGGCAACUUCCAGAACAUCUUCUUAAAAAUUCAGAUUUAAAAAAAAGGUGAAAUGAAAUUUGAAAGCUCUAGCAGUAAAAGAUCAGAUUUCCAACCAGUCGGGGGAUUCAAAUAACAUUGGUUGAGUGUCUCCAGUUGUAUUUUCUUUGCGCCCAAGUAAUUCACCUGUUUGUUUUUCCGAACAUAACAAGAUAGAGCGAGAAUGCCGGUGGCCUCAAUUGAAUCAGGGCAGCUUUGCAAGGUAUGGGAAAUCAAAACCCUGGGAAAAAGCAGAGAUGCCGAGGCGACGAAACUUCUCGAAUCUGUGGCCAAACAGGUCCAGCCAAUUAUGAUCAAGCGCAAAUGGCGUGUCAUGGUCCUAUCUGAAUUCUUCCCCAGCAAUCCUUCACUUUUAGGAUUAAAUGUCGGAGGUGGUGCAGAAAUUAAGAUCAGAUUAAGGAGGCCUAACAGAGAAUUAGAGUUUUACCCUUACGAGGAGUUGGUGGGCACUAUGUUGCAUGAACUCACCCAUAAUGAACAUGGUCCACAUGAUGCUAAGUUUUACAAAUUGCUUGAUGAGAUCACCAAGGAAUGUGAGGAGCUGAUGGCUAAGGGAAUCAGUGGAACUGGCCAAGGGUUUGAUGCCCCUGGGAGACGUUUGGGAGGGUUUUCCCAUAAUCCACCUUUGACAUCUCUCAGACAAAGCGCUUUGGCUGCUGCAGAAAAAAGAGUUCGGCAAGGGGCUUUAGUACCAUCAGGGCCAAAUCGUAUUGGGGGUGACAGAGAGAUGAUGACGCUUUUGACUCCAACUCAAGCAGCUGCUAUGGCUGCAGAAAGAAGACUUAGAGAUGAUAUUUGGUGUGCUGCUCCAGUCACUUCUGGGAAUGAUGGAGUUCAAAGAGCUAGUGAAAGAGAAAAUGGAUUUUCUGGCCCUUCAACAGGAGUUGAGGAUCGAAUUAGUGAAAGUGAUGGUAGGCAUAAAGGUAUUGCUUUUUCAGGGUCGUCAACUUCAACAGCCACAGUAGAAAAUCCAACAAGUUCAAGCAAAGGUGAUUCUAUGUGGAAAUGUGGUUUAUGCACUCUCCUUAAUCCGCCCUUGGCAUUGACUUGUGGAGCUUGUGGCUCUGAGAAAUCAAGGGAGUCUCAAACUUGGGCGUGCAGGACAUGUACUUUGGAAAAUCCUGUCAACUUAGAUAGGUGUUCUGCAUGUGACCAAUGGCGAUACUCAUAUGGUCCACCAGUGGUCGUGCAUGGACCCUAUGUGGGAACAUAAAAGUUACAUGUGCAAGCUAGGACAACUAAUUCACUUCAGAAUUGUAUGCUCCAGAAUCAUGAACUUAAUGAUUGCAAGAGAUAUAUGUCUGGUUCUAUAUAAAAAUUAAUGUAAUUGAUUGCCAAUUUUUGCUA